CCCGCGGCGGUGACAGCGAGUGGACCCGAUCCUGACCUCACCGUGCCGGCGCUUCAGAGCAAGAUGGCUGACAGGGAGCUGGUGAAGAAGAUGCUGCGGGCCAUCCUCCAGGCCAACAAGAAUGGAGUGUCGCUGUCACGUCUACAGUCAGAGUACAAGGAGCUCACCGGAGAGCAGAUACCACACAAACAACUGGGACACAACCACCUGGACACACUGCUAGCUGGCAUGUCGUCAGUUGUUCGCAUGGAGCGCAACCGCUCUGGAGAGAUGGUCUAUUUUGCCUCGGGGGCCAAUGAGACGUCCCAUAUAGCCAAGGUGGUGGCUCGCCAGCGCAGCUCCAAGAAGACAGGCCGACCCCACCUGGUCAACACCCAGAUGAGGGUCAAACCAGCAGCACCACUUGUCCUCAAUGCCAAACCUCAAACCUCACUGAGGCAGCCGAACCACCGCGGACGUGGUGGUGGUAGAGGAGGAGGAGGUGGCCGAGGGACAGGACAUGGAGACUCCAGACAAGCCAGAGAUAUGAGGGAUGGCCAGUCAGAGAGCAAGGCAAACAAGAUGUCCAAUCAGAACACACCCAACAGGAAGGGGAACCCACCUGCAGAGAAGUCAGACAAGAGGAUGACUCUGCCAUCACGGUUUCAUAAAGAGGUGCAAGCUCACCUUUCCAGAAACCCCCCACAGACUGGUCCACCCUUGAAUCUGAACGAGAGCCUGAGCUCUGGAAAAGGAAAACCCUACAACCCUCAGCAGGUCCAGGGGCGCAUCAGGGAGAUCCUGUCGAAGUACAGCAAUGGGUUCUGGGUAUCGAAGCUUCCUCAGAUCUACAGAGAGCUGUACAAACAAGACCUGCCCACUGAGGCCGCCAAAGACCUGGAGACCUGGACACACAUAUGCACUGUAGAGAAAACCUGCAGCAGCAACCCAACAGAACUGCUCCUCUACCCUGCCAAGGAACAGACCACCACAUCCUCCCCUUCACCCAUCGUUAACUUGAACUCAACCAGCGCCCCUGUCCCGAAAUCAAACACCCCUGCAGAUAAACCCCUGCAUUUCCCUGCUCAACAGAGACCCCCCACCACCCACCUGACUCGCUCAGGUUCUCCCUCUCCUCAGUCUCCGCCAUCGUCCUCCUCAUCCCCCAGCCCUCCUUCUUCCCCUGCCUCCCUUGGCCCCGACCUGAGGCUGAAACUGGAGGAGUUGCUGAUGAAGUACUCCAACGGUCUGUGGGCACACGCACUGCCCAAGCUCUUUCAGGACACCUACAAAACCAAACUGCCCAGUCAUGUUCUGGAGAACCUUCAUCUCCUUUCCGACAUCUGCACUAUUGACUACCCGAUGCCUGACAACCCCAAGAGGGCCAUCCUGUACAGGAGGAGCAGCACAGAAGAUGGAGGAGGAGAGGAUGAAAACUGCAAUAGGAGGAACUCUUCGACCAGUGAAGAGGAUCUGAGGGUGAGGCAGGAGCUGGGGAGGAGGCUCAGUAAUCAUGCGGUGCCUUCUCUGCAAAUUCCCAAAGAGGAGUACCCCUCUGUGCUGGUGGUGGAGGCUACCAACACCAACGGUGUUAUACUCAGGUACAUUGGUGAGGGUUACUCCCAGGCCCAGGAAACCAUGGAGGAUGAGAUGAGAGAGUUUUAUGGCCUGAACCAAAGUACUCCACCUCCUUUGUCAUCCCCAUCCUCUGGCCAACUUGUUGCUGUCAGAGCUGAGGAAGAAGAGGAGAUCCUGAGGGCACAAGUCUGUGAGGUCAUGGCUGACAAGGUCAAGGCCUACUAUGUGGAUCAUGGAUUCUCAGAGGUGAUCAACAAAAACAAAGUGUUUGAGCUGAAUGAGAAGUUUUUCAAACUUCCUUUCCAGGCGACCAAGUGUAAACUAGCAGGUCUGGAGCCAUUCUGUCAGGAGCCUGCAGUGCUGAAGAAGUUUGAGACGAUGGCAAGUGGUAGGAUCCUAUUGGCUGAGAUCCUAGAGAGAGGGCAGACCCCUCUCGCCGUCCUGUACGACACGUCGCAGGAUGAUGAUGUCAACAUCAACGCUGCCUGCAUGAAAGCUUUGCAGGACAAGACGCUAGCAAGCCCGUUACAGGUGAACAGCGCUUAUAUGAAUGUGACCGUCAGCAGCGUCUGCUCAGAUGGAACUGUCUACUGUCAACUGCCCUCCAGAGGCCUGGCCAAGCUGAAUGAGUUACUGGAGAAUAUAGAGACAUACUUCCACUCACAGGUAACUUCAGAGUUCCUGGUGUCCAGACCCUUUUGUGGGAAAGGAUGUAUGGCUCGCUACAAAGGCAAAUGGUCCCGUGUAGAGAUCACCAACCUGCAUGGCAGCAGAGUGCUGGACAUCCUGUUUAUUGACGUGGGUGUGCAGGCAUCUGUAGAAGUGUUUGAGCUGAGAGAGAUCCCACCACUAUUCCUCCGUGACCUAAUGGCUAUCCCACCGCAGGCUGUGAAGUGCUGUCUAGCCGACCUGGCUGUCAGUGUUGGGUCCUGGACUCCAGAUGCUGUCCAGUGGCUUCGAGAGAAAGUGCUCAACAUCACUGACUGCAGCAUGAAAGUUGCUAAGGUAGAUGAAACCAAGCGCUGCACCUACGUCCACCUGUUCACUGAUAAGAACUUUCAUGACCCGGCCCGCAGCCUCAACCAUCAGAUGGCGCAGUCUGACCUGUUCAAACAUCAACCAGAUGUUUUCCUGACGAGCCACAGCCCUGCUAAGAUCUCCACAGCCACUUUAUCCUCCAAGACAUCCAGUACCAGCGACUCCACUAACGAUAAUAGAUCAACUACUGUCCCAGCUAAGCCUCAAAUCCGAAGGGCUCUGCCGGGUCACAGAGGAGUUGCAGGAGGUGGAGGAGGAAACACAACCCGCACCACUCCACCAGAGACGCCUUCAACUCCCUCAAACUCUGUCCAGCUGCCACCACUACUAGAGCUGCCUCCAGCUGGAAACAACGUAGAUGUCUAUGUAUCUGUGGCGUGCCAUCCGGGCCACUUUGUGCUGCAGCCCUGGAGAGAUAUGUACAAAUUGGUGGUGUUGAUGGGAGAGAUGAUUCUGUACUACAAUAAAACUGAAGAAAAACCACUCAACAUAGAGAAGAAUCAGAUAUAUGCUGCUAAAGUGGAGACCAACUGGCAUCGUGUGUUAGUGAAGGGAGUUCUGACCAAUGGCUUGGUGUCUGUCUAUGAGCUGGACUAUGGUAAACAUGAGCUGAUCAGCUGCACCCAGCUCCGACCUCUGAUCAAGGAGUUCAGGCAGCUGCCAUUUCAGGGAAUCACUGCUCAGCUGGCUGGAGUGAAGCCGAGGCAGUGGUCAGAAGAAGCUUCCAUCGUUUUCAGGAACCACGUGGAGAAGAAACCACUCGUGGCCCAGCUGGAGAACCUACAGGAAGCCACGAACCCGUGGGACAGGAAGUUGACGGUCUUCCUGGUUGACACUUCGCAGGAGGAACGAGACAUCUGGGUGCAUGACAUCAUGGCUGAGUUUGCUGAUGAGAUUACCAAUGAGUUGUAAAGAGAAGAUGGGCGUUGUCCUCUUGCUCAAUGAAACACUAUAAAAUGUGGAUAGAUGAAAUAGGAGAAGCUUAUUCAUCUUUAUCUAUCUACCAGUAGACAGAUGAAAGGAAUGAAAUGAAGGAGAAGGGAAGAAGGGAAAUUGAGUGGGUUUAUAGUAUGUGGAGUCUAAUAUUGACAGAAAGACAAGAGGUACAGGUGUAGUAACAACUUGCUAGUUGUGUUAGGGGCUGUACAGUGAGGGGUGAUGUGACUUUUAGUGACUGCAGUUUGACCAUUGGAUAAAACACCCAUGCAUGAUGUUGUGGUUAAGUACAAACCUGCUACAGACACAUUUACAGUUCCAUCUAUUAUCUAUGUGUGAUAUUCUCACAAAGCUGCGUUAUAACAUUUGGUUUGGGCUUUAAAUCCAAAGCAGCAUCCAGAAGUACUGAGAGCACAUGCAGUUUCAGUGUGUGUCACCUGAACCCUGGUAAUGUGAGCAACGCUCAAAGGGCACAAAAUGUACAAAUGAACUGCAGAAGUUCUCAUAUGCUUGGAAAACUUAAAUGCAUUUGUUUACAAUAGCCGCUUAAUGGAUGCGCAGUUGUCAGAAAGGUUAAAAAAGCUACAGAGCAAACAUUCCCCUGAAGGGAGGAGAAGCGGAUGAGUCAACAUUUUUAUUUUGUGAUACAUUUAUUUAAAGUCAGAGACAAAGUGAAUAUUUUUGGGUAUCGAUGGGAAGUAUCUUUAACAUCAUGACAAUUCUUGCAGUCAGUCUGGGUUUUAACAUAAGUCCUGAGUGAUCCCAUUACAAGUGGUCAUCUCUAAGUUCUGGUAUAAAAGCAUUCAAAUGCGUUGUAAUCAUAUACGAAGGACCGCCUCCUCAGCGGACGUCCACUGACUCGCUGCAGUUUCAUAAUGGAUCAAAAGUAUUUUUACACUUCUCAGUGUCCAUACGUUGAUUUAUUUGUGACCACCUCAUAAUAGAUUAUUUUUGUUUUAAAAUGAGUAAAAUCCUAUUCCAUAGAAGAGCAGCAGCUUAUUGAUUCAUUCAGCUCCUUCUGUCUCCGCUCCUACAGACACAAAAUACAUUGUCAUCGGACACAACUCAGACUGGGGAAAUGAGAUCUGAACAAUUGGUCACAGGAGACACAUUUAGGAAGCACUUGUGAUUGGAUCUCUCAGAUGUUAAUACCAGGAGUGAACAGGAGAAGCAUGACACAGACGUUAAUAGAGUUUGCAGAGGACUGGUAAACUACGUCAGAUGUUUUUUUUUUUAAAUUUUGACCAGUUGUUGUUAGUGGUUCAUCUUGACGCUGCAUGCACUGUAAAUUAGUGGUGUUUUGGAAUUUUGCAGUUGACUAAAAAAUUGGAGAGCUGAAGGCAUCGAAGCUACAUUCUGAUGCCUUGUAUAGAAGAUAAAUGUGACUUUUUCAAAUUUAUUUUUGAAGAAACAAAAAGAAAACACUAACAUAUCAGUGGAAUGCAUGUGUUAAAACCCAGGUCUCAUCCCCUCUCCACCUGAGACACUGAUGCAAUCGGACUUUAAUGGGGUUAACCAUCUCUCCUUUCUUAUUCCAUGACAGCAAUUAAUUGAUUUCUGCAGAUUUACAUGUGCUGCAUGUUGCAGAAGUUCCUGAGUUGUGUGCACAUAUAGUUUGAUGUUAUAAUAAGAAAAUUUAUUCACCGAUAGUGUUAUGCCAGUAGAUUUUCAAGUAGAAGAUCAUUUGAAAUUCUGAUGGUUGGUUCAUCAAAUGUUGCCCUGAGGGAUUUUACUCUGAAAUGUGACGUGAAUGCACCAUGUUUUUGGAUGUGCAAGGCCUUUCCAAAUCUAUGAGAGUAAACUUGACAAAACUCAAAGCUGCAUUGUUGUUAACAACUUAAAAGCGACAUGAAUUUAAUUUAUAUUUAACUUAUAUUGUCUAGAUGAUAAUAGUAAUUUUAUCAUUUCCAGUUUGUUUAACAGUGAC